AUGCCGGGUACUCCUCCGAAAGCAAAAGUCGUAGGUAAGAUUUCUUCUGGAUUUUCGGCUGACAUGUUUUCCUCGUAAGUUCCAUCCCGCUAUCGGCAGAAGAGAACUACUAAGGUAAUUCGUGCUUUGCGUGAUAAAGAUCCUUGUUCAGCCUAAGCCGCAUGUUUCCUCCCCGCACGCCGAGAAGGAGGGUUGCGAGCCAUCCUUUAGUAUUCACGUGAGUCUGAAACGUCUGCGUCCUUACUAGUUUACAACUUAAACCAGGUCAGUUUUAUGUAAGUACUUUGUUCAAAUGUUCCACCGACUUCGUCUUGUUUCUCAAGUGGCCGAGAACACUCGGAUAAAGUGCGCCGAAGUCACCUAUUACAUUAGGCAGUAUUUGUCAAAGCAAGUACGUUGGCUUUCCCCUCUGCCUCUCAUUCCCUCUCGUGACGACACUUGUUUUACCCCCCGGGGUUCGUUUGUAUCCUGUUGCUUUCGAUUUUGGUUGUCUUAUCGCGAACACUUUCUUAAAAUCAAGUUUGAACCAAAGCGCUGUUAUGCGUAAUACCUCCGUCCGGAACAGCAGUAAAUAGUAUUGUGGUCAUUGUAAGUUCACAUCCAUUUAGGAAGCAGAUACACACCCGAUUGGUGCCAUCAGAAAUAUCGAGCGUCCGAAAAGAAUGCGUCGACAUUAAUCACUACCCAGGGGCAAAACCGUUCCGAAGGACCCUUCUUGGGUGCAGAUAUCUGCAUUAGGGAGGAUCUUGUUCUCAACUUUAAGACGGUAUUCGUUUUAUCUAUUUCGCAGGCUCGUUUUUCUCGGUUGACAGAAAUACCCGACGGAAUUCUGUGAAGGCUGAUAAUGUGUCUCCAAACCCCUGAGCCAAUUCAGGUCGUAUAAUCCGUAAAGAGCCUGGUAUCUAACCUCCAAACUUAGCCACCGUUAGCGUGGCUCCUCAACAGUUCUUUGACCCCAAUGGACGCGCUUUUGACUUCGGAACUCAGCAAUCAUCAUGUCGCGCAUGCAAGACAGAACUUCUUUGUUUCCGACUUUGGCUAUAACGGUAAGGUUAGAUUUCUCAGGAACUCAACUGAUUAAAUAGAGCCUGUCUUUGGUUAGAUUAUCGUCGGAUCUCAGAAGUCAAGGUACUGACCAACGGCAUUAGUCAUCAAGGAUUUCGUCUUCACCUGGGUAUGUGGAGAUCUUAUGCGGUCGACUCGGCCGACUUGAUUCUUCAGUUAUACCAAUAGGACAGGGAUUCGUGUUUAUGAGGUCAUAGUCACAACCAUCUUGCUCUGUGCGCCGUUGAUCUUCAACAACUCGAGAUGUGACACGUAAAAAGAUAACUGCAGUGCGCCAUUCACCAUCUCAGACGGUGAGAUAGCCCGCUCUGUAGGUCGUAAGUCGAUACUGCUCGCGACCCUAUGCCCCUUAAUUUCGGUUCCAGACGGCACCUUCGUGGUCUCCAAGUAAAAAUAAUUGAACAGAUGUAAAUUCCGGUCUGGAGGGAAUUUUGUUCAAAAAUAACCGAGGAUCUACCCUCGGACCUCCUAGUACGUCGCUGUAGUUUGCGAGUCAUUGCAUUUCAUAGUUGGCCAUACCAGCUCUGUUCAUAUCUAGUCUAAAUAUACAACCAAGUUCUUCGACUUUCGAUGUGUAAAAGUACCAUAUAAUUUGGCGGACAGAUCAAUGGCAAGGGAGUACUCUGCGACGCAGUUGACGAGCAACAGUAUGCGCUGCUAGGCGCCCAGAGGUUAAUCUCUAGACUCCUCGUUGGGUGUCUCUUGUAAUGUCAGCCUCGCUGGACAGUGUUUCUUAAGUCGGCGCACUAUAGAGGGAAGGUUGGUUGGUGAGCCAUUUUGCAACCGAAGCGAGCAAAAAUUCACCACAGUAUACAGUAAGGUUAUUUGAGAUCGAACAUUCAGCUGGAUUUUUUUUACCAACCCUCGUAUCGUUGGCCAACAGCCGCAGUAAUCACAUUGAAUCAUCACCUGUAACAGUCUUGAGUGGUUUGCAUUUUUGACGCCUGCAUUUAAAAGGCUGCCAUCGCCCCUUUGCCGACAGUCUGUCCAAGUUUUGGGUGUCUUGGUUACUUCCAUUGCUACUUUAUUCCACUACCUCAGCUCAUAGCUUAAUGAUGCGUCUAUUGUUAGUUGUCAGUACCAGUUAUCGCCGAGCGUGAAAUUUUUGUGCAUGUUUUCCAUGUUGUUGAGGAUUUUCUAGAAAAGGAGAUCCUGUGAUCUCUGUCGUCCUUAGUCGGAGAUACUGCCGGGGUAGUAUGCGUCGGCUGUCUCGGCGGCUUUUGCGCUAAACCUUUUUGUCAGCGCACAAUAAAUAAACGCCCCUUGGCGAAACAGUGUAAAAAAACCGACCACAUAAACCGUGUUUUGCAGUAACUCUUUAACAGAAAAUAUUAACGAGACGAUAUAUCGCGAAGACUAGAAAGACUGAUGACUAUCUAUCACUUAUUACGCGUUUUCAACCGGCAGUGUCCAAACUGCGCGCCGGACAAUCAGGAGGCAGGUGUUCCUUUUGUAGGGUUUCUUGGCGUGCGACUGCCUUCGAUGGCUCUAGUUUACAAUUUUAAGGCAUGUUCCGCGCCGUAACUAGAUUGGUGGAUGUCUCUUCCAUUACACGUAUCAUUCUUAAAUAAGGAAUACCCAAUUUGACCACUGACGGUGCCUCUGAACCCCUACUGUUUAGUAUAUUUUCUUAAACCUACCUCCUUGCUUAGCUUGUUCGCCACUGUUUGCCCCUCUUAAAAGGCCACCUAGCGUCUGCAAACUGUUUAGCUCGAGGUAGACUGUCCUCUCUGUCUUCCGAAGUGCUUGACCUUUUUACUCUAGCAUGAACUGCUCUUUUUCAGGAUUCCGUGGCUUCUGCGAUAUUUCACGACGCAGACUCAUGCUUGGAAUCUUCGCGUCCUCGGCGUGGACUUCGAAAAUCCCUCUCGGUGCCUAAUUUACUAGGCGAAAGUUCUUAUAUUGGCUCAUGUUUUACGUCUGUGGCUGGGGAAGGGACACUGCUGGAAGAACCGAGCUGCGAGUACCGAGCCUGGCAGGCCCUUUCGAAAUUUGCCCUAAAAGCCCGCGACAUUUCGGUCAGGACUGAAGAGGUAGGCGUGGGGUUAGAUAGCUUUCAAAUCUAACGACGAAAGCAUUAGUUGAAGACAAACAAACUAGUUCUCAAACUAUUUUUUCUCUGCCUCAAGUCCAAGCGGACUCAGUGUUUGGCAGAUGUGGAGAGACUGGAGCAGUUGGUCGCGCGCAAACGUCAGACAGAUGCAUGGUUUCUCAAAUGGUUGGAUGCUCAGCGCGCUAUCGACUCACAGGUAGGCGCUUCUUAUCGUAGUAAACGCCCGCUGUCUCUCUGAGUACUCUUCCAUGCGCCCCCAGAUAUUAACAAAACUCCAACUAUUUUCUCUAGAUAGUAGUACUGGUCAGACUGGAAAGCAUUCUGAGGGGCGCGGAAUCGGAAGACCAAUCCGGACUUAUUGCGCUGCUGCGAAACUUCAGUGAGGCUUCCCUCCUGCCGGCGAGACAAAGGUUGCCUACAAGCGGUCUCCUCUACGCCUCUGAAGAGGAAGUGGUCAGCAUCGCAAAGCUCGCCAAAAUUGCACAGGAUAAGGUUUGGAGCAGGGUCUUAUUGCUUCUUCCCAAUAAAAUUUUUAAAUUGACUUUUCCGUACAAUAGAGAUCCCAUGAAUCUGAGUGCUGCAUUGGUGUCAGAUAACUUUUUGUUCUUAAGUUCUCUCACCCUAAUUCCCUGCUCCACCGUUUUUUUUCAGUUCUCAGUCUCUAUCAGUGGGGAACUACAAGGCCUAAAAGACUUGUCAAGACAACUCAAGAAAGUUGCGGAUCUCAUCAACUCCCAAUCAUCCGUUUACGAAAUAGAGAAUUAUGCAAAGCUCAAGGAGGCCUACCGACUUCUGACUUAUUUGGUCUCCUUGAAAACACAAAAACUGCAGUCCGAACUUCUGAAGCGUCUGUCCUCACAAUUCACGUAA